UACAUCUUCAUAUAAUUUUCGGUACUCGCGGAUCCCGCUGACAAGCAAGCAACAAGCAAGAAGCAAGCAUUGGUCGUUGUCGCGACACAGCGCUAACCACUCACGCCUUCCCCACGUGGUUGCUUGCUUGCGCACGCUCAUGCUAAAUUGAGCGGGUGAUGGAGGAGAAGCAGGGGCACUCACAUGUGCAUGCGUUCGGUGCACAUGAGGAACGGGGCAAUGCAGGAGACAGAAGCUGCUGGUUGUUUGAUCAACGGUGGUGGCGAGAUUGAUGUGACGGAUGUUGUGAUGUGACGGCUUUCUCACAGCCGGUGGUGCAUGUGUGUGCGUGUGUGAGUGAUGUGACCUUCCAUUUUCAUCCAGCAAGUACACAGCAGCAGCAGCAGCAGCGGCAAGUUGUGAGACAGAAGUAUAAGCGGUAUUUCACAACCACAGCACAGCCAAGGAUACAAAGCACAAACGCGCAGAGGAAACGCGAGGAUGGCGCGCGAAGAGCACAACCAUGCCGGUGCAUCUGAGGACAUUGAAGAGCAGCCGGAGCUGCGCCGCCGUGUGAGCGGCAGCUUGCUCAUCUGCCUCAUCGCCUCGGUCAUCGAGUUUGCCACAGCCGCAGACUUUUGCGACACGUCAGAUUCGUGUGAUGAUCCAUACGUCGCAUGGGCUAUUGCUGUCGGUGUCAUAUCGGCCUUCUUCUGCUUUGUUCGCCUCGCCUUUAUCUUCCAGCACUUUCAUCUCCGCGACACGUUUGACGUGGUGUUGUCACUGGUGUUGGUUGUGCUGUGGGCGUUUGGCGCCGCGUUCAACACGAGCACGGAGGGGCCCUUCCCCUUUACCGGCAACGGCUACAUCUUCACGUGGAUUGCCUUUCUUGCGGCCAUGGUGUAUGCGGCAACAGCGCUGCCGCACGCCGUGGCCAAGGUCCGCGCCACCGUCGUCGCCAUCAACACCUCCCUCCUCAUCCUCCUCUUCACCUCCCUCGUCGAGAUGUCUGUGUCUGCGGAUGUGUGUAGUGCUGUUGACGACUGUUCGGACCGCAACGGUUUCGCCGUCGCUGUCGGCGCUGCAUCAGCCGCCAUCUGCUUCAUCCUCAUCCUCAUCGCCCGCUUUAGCCCAGACCUCGCACAGCCGUCAAUGAAGAUCAUGUCGGUGUUCCUGCUCGUGUGGUGGGCGGCCGGUGCAGGCGUCAACACCAGCGCAGAGGGGCCGUUCAACUCCAGCUGCGGCGCAGCCCGCGGCACGGCAAACGCGUGUGCGUUUGAAAGCUGCGGCUGUGAACUGUCGACGACAUCAUAA